CAAAAAUCACAAACUGUAGAACAAAACAAAAAAAAAAGGAAUCAAUUGAUCAUAUAUCAAUUGAACACGCUAGACACCACUGGACCCAAAAAGGUUCCUCUAUUCAAACAUGUAGGAUAACCUAGAAGUUCAAGUGUGUGACACAAAUUCACAAAGGCUUUUAGCGACCUCCAAAGCCCCACGCAUCCUUCCUUAGCACCACUAUCACACCAAAGCCAAUUGCCAUUUCUUUUCCCUCUAAUAAGAUGCCCACCACAAAACUUCCAAGAGGACCUCAACAACCACUAUUUCUUUUUACACAUAUAGCUUCUCUUGUUUCCAUAUGCUCAUUUCUAUGAGCUUUGGCUACCAUUGUUUGGCUCAAUGUACAUCUUACCCCACCACCACUACCCUCUAAGGUCCCCACACCAUGCUCGCCGGCGCCACCGCCAUCUUUCCCUCACCACCCGAGUCCAUUGCUCAACCACCACGACCACCAAAACAAACAUGACAACAAAGUCCCUAGUCAUACACCCACCACCCACCCUUGUCACGGCUGCAAAUACCGCCCUUAGUAACCGCAUUGUGCUCAAUGACCCAACUUUGGAAUCCACAUGGUCUCAUCGUGUAUGGGUGGCAAGUGGGUGCACCACUGUGAUCAUCUCCCUAGCAAAAUCCAUAUCAGGUGCCGCCGACUCACAUAUGUGGUUAGAGCCUAUUUUCUCCGGCUUGGUUGGAUACAUACUCGCAGACCUUGGCUCUGGUGUCUACCAUUGGGGCAUCGAUAAUUACGGUGGUGCUGAAACUCCAAUGUUUGGAUCCCAAAUAGCAGCAUUCCAAGGUCACCACCAGUGGCCAUGGACAAUCACAAGGCGGCAAUUUGCCAACAACAUACAUGCCCUUGCGCGCGCCAUAACCUUCACUGUCCUUCCCAUAGAACUUAUCUUCAAUGAUCCAGUCUUGCACGGGUUCGUUGGUGUUUACUCUGGCUGCAUUAUGUUUAGCCAGCAGUUCCAUGCCUGGGCUCAUGGUACAAAGAGCAAGCUCCCUCCACUGGUGGUGGCACUGCAAGAAGCUGGUAUACUCGUAUCGCGCUCUCAGCACGCAGCACACCAUCGUCCACCUUAUAACAACAAUUACUGCAUAGUGAGUGGAGUAUGGAAUGCAUUUUUGGAUAAGCAAAAGGUUUUUGAGGCAUUGGAGAUGAUCUUGUUUUUCAAGCUUGGGGUUAGACCCCGGUCCUGGAGUGAACCCAACUCCGACUGGACCGAAGAUACCCAAACAUCUUGUUCUCAAACUACAAUGCACUGAUCUAAUUUUUCCUUUCGUUUUAUUUUCCUUGAUAGAUUGUACAAUUUAUUGAUAGAAGUGUUUACAAAUUGAAGUCUUUUUUAAAUGUCUUCAGCAGACUGCAAUCCCACAAAACAACAAUGAUGAUAAUAAGAGAGCCUAGUUAUGG